AUGAAGAACAAGCAAGAGGAGCUAGAUGCCUUGGCCCAGUCCCAGAGAUAUGACAUCACAGGCAUAAGUGAAACCUGGUGGGAUGAGUCCCGUGACUGGUGUGCCACGAUGGAUGGUUACAGGCUCUUCAGGAGGGACAGGCAGGGCAGGCGAGGCGGCGGGGUGGCACUGUAUGUAGUGGAGGGGCUGGAAUGCAUGGAGCUAGCAGCUGGCGAUGGCACAGUGGAGAGCCUCUGGGUAAGGAUUAAGGGACAGACAAAUAAAGCUGAUGUCGUUGUGGGAGCCUACUAUAGGCCACCCAGCCUGGAUGACGACACGGAUGAGUUAUUCUUCAGGGAACUAAGGGAUGCUUCCAAGUCAUCUGCCCUUGUCCUUAUAGGGGACUUCAACUUGCCAGAUGUCAACUGGGAAUACCACACAGCUGGUACAAGCAGGUCCAGAAGAUUCUUAAACCAUCUGGAUGAUAACUUCUGGGUACAAGUACUAAGCGAACUGACCAGGAAAGGUGCCUUCCUCAAUUUGCUGCUUACUAACAGAGAGGGUCUCGUGGGUGAAGUGGCUGCCUUGGCCACAGCGACCAUGAAGCAGUCAAGUUUAAAAUCUACGUGGGACUGUCAGCAGGCUGAUAUAAAAUAUUUAUCUGGAUGGAAACAGUGGAAAAGAACGAGCAGUAAAUCAUUGAAAAAAGUCCUCAAUGAAGUCAAGGAGUUGUCAUCUUACCUGGAGCUUUGGCGACAUGAUAUUCACACCAUAGAAGGGAAAUUUGGUACUGGCAUUCAGUCCUACUUCUCCUUCCUGCUGCUGAAUUUUAUAAUUUUUAUCCUGAUGUUCAGUUUUGUUACCCUUCCCAGCAUCAUUUCUAAAUACGGACUAUUCAACAGCAGCUUUGCUAAAAUUCCUCCAGAGAACAUAGCGCCUCACUGCACAGUUUAUAAACAUAGUGAUAAUAUGGGACUUGUUUACUUCUAUACUUACCUCAAAGAUUUGCUUAGUGGCACUGGAUUCCUUGAAGUGACAAGUUUGUUUUAUGGCUAUUACACAAUAGAUGCUGCGUGGCUCAGUGUCCUGAGGUACAACUUGCCACUAGCGUAUCUGCUGGCUACAUUUGCCUACCUUGCGUUAAGUCUCCUCUGGAUAAUAAAAAGGUCUGUGGAAGGAUUUAAGCAGAACUUAGUGCAUGAUGAAGAUCAAUUUCAGAGUUACUGUAACAAAGUCUUUGCAGGCUGGGACUUCUGCAUUACAGAUCCACAUGCAGCACGGCUAAAACAUCGCAGCUUGCAAUAUGAGCUCCAAACAGACUUGGAGGAAGAAAGACUGAAGCGAAAAAUAGCUGACAGGACAAUGAAAGAAAAGCUAAGAAUCUACUCUCUGAGAAUAUUUAUAAAUAUAAUUGUCAUUGCAGUUUUAUCAGGAUGUUUCUACUCUAUUUAUAAAGCAACUGUCUUCUCUCAAGAAAACUCCAAUGGCAUCAGCGAUACGAACUUCCAGGCUAAUCUCUUAGUGCAGUAUUUGCCUUCCAUUGUGAUCACAUUGGCCAACUUCAUUGCUCCUCAGAUCUUCUCAUUUCUGAUCAGAUUUGAAGAUUAUUCACCAGCCUUUGAAAUCAGGCUGACACUCAUGAGGUGUGUCUUUGUGCGGUUGGCCAAUAUCGGUGUUCUCUUGUUCUCACUGUGGAGUCAGAUCUCCCACUGUGACACUGACAAGUGUAAGGCCUGUGGAUACAAUUACGAACUCUAUCCUUGCUGGGAAUCUGAAGUUGGGCAAGAAAUGUAUAAACUGAUGAUAUUUGAUUUUAUUAUAAUUCUUGCUGUGACCCUCUUUAUAGAUUUUCCUCGAAUGUUGUUAGUUACUCAUUGCUCUUGCAAGCCAGUUCAGUGGUGUGGAUUGCAGGAAUUUGGAAUUUCUGACAAUGUCCUGGAGAUCAUUUACGGGCAGACUAUCUGCUGGAUUGGAACCUUCUUUUCACCACUUCUCCCUGCAAUAGCAACUAUAAAAUACUUCAUCAUCUUUUACAUUAAAAAGAUCAGUUUGAUGCACACACGUAAACCUGCAGCUAGGCCUAUCAGAGCAUCAAGUUCCAAUUUUUUCUUCUUGGUGGUGCUGUUGAUUGGGCUCCUGUUGGCUUUUAUUCCUUUGGGAAUCAGCAUAGCACAUAUCCCUUCCUCCAAGGCAUGUGGGCCAUUCAGGAGUUUUAACACUUCAUGGGGAGUUGUUCCAGAUACAAUACUUGAGUUUCCAACAGGUCUGCAGCAGGUCCUUCAUGGCAUAGCAUCAGAAGCCUUUGCAGUGCCUUUUUUUAUGGUCAUCUGCCUCAUUAUGUUCUAUUUUAUUGCCUUGGCUGGAGCACACAAACGAGUGGUUGAGCAGCUGAGGGAACAACUGGUUAUGGAGAGCCGUGACAAGCUGUUCCUAAUCAGAAAGAUAACAGAAGCUCAGAGGCAUCCUUGA